AUGUCAGGUGACAGUCUUGAUGGGGCUACUCGAUCUGUCCCCAAACCAUCUGACUUUAAAUUUGGUAAGGAGAUCGGGCAAGGGUCUUUUUCAACAGUAUAUGUUGUUCAAGAGAUCUUAACAAGUUUGGAAUUCGCUAUGAAAGUGGUUGAUAAACAACGUGUUCGACGCUACAAGGCUGUGGAUUCUGUACUUAUGGAGAAAGAAGUGCUUAAACGCACAAAUCAUACUUUCAUUAUUCGUUUGCAUUGUACAUUCCAAGACUCUACCAGGUUAUUUUAUCUUCUUGAAUAUGCAAGAUGUGGGGAACUUUUAUCCUAUCUUAAUCGUUUUACUUCUUUAAGUGUUGAUUGUACUCGAUUCUAUGCAGCAGAAAUUUUUACAGCCUUGGAUUAUUUACAUUCAUUGUCCAUAGUACAUCGUGAUUUAAAACCAGAAAACGUUUUAUUAACAGACAAAAUGCACAUCAAGUUGGCUGAUUUCGGUUCUGCCAUUAUACUAAACUCACCGCACAUCAAAGCACCUAGUUUUACGGGCACUCCAGAAUAUGUUAGUCCAGAGAUGCUUUCUCGUAUAUCUAGGCAAAGCGAUAUUUCUUCAAGCAGCAAACCGACUCAUGAUCUUACAUAUCUAAUGGAUUAUUGGGCAUUCGGAUGUAUUAUUUAUCAAUUAAUUUCUGGCCUGCCUCCAUUUCGAAAGAGUGGUCCUACUCAUGGGUAUGAGACGUUCCAGAAAAUUCUAGGUUUAUCUUAUACAUUUGCUGAUAAUUUCGACCCUGUUGCUAAAGAUUUGGUGGGGAAGUUACUUGUGAUCAGUCCUAGUGAGCGUCUUGGUAGUCCUUCCCAAGGUGGUUCAACUGCCAUCCAACAGCAUAAAUUUUUCUCUCAAAUCCAUUGGGAUACUCUGCCACAACAAGAGCCUCCUUUGCUAGUGCCGAACUUAGAACCUAUAGCUCCUGAAGGCUGGGAUAAUUUGCCAGUCGGGUUUGGAGAGGGUGAAAAAUACCACCUGUCACGUGAGUUUGAUUUGACUGCUUCUCAAAUAACUGAAGAUGAUCGUACGCGUUUACUAAAUGCACAAGAAAAGCAGAAUCCUUUCAAUCGUUUUGUUCGUGGUCGUUUAAUCUUAAAACAAGGUAUUUUGUUCAAACGUCGUGGUCUGUUUGCGAGAAAACGAAUGUUUUUAUUAACCGAGGGACCACAUCUUUUUUACGUUGAUGUUGAAAGUAUGACAUUAAAAGGAGAAGUUGCCUGGUCCAGUUCACUGACUCUAGAACUAAGAAGUUCUAAACUGUUUUUUAUUCAUGUUCCAAACAGAACAUAUUACUUGGAAGAUCCUUCUGGUCAUGCUAACGAUUGGGUUGAACAAAUAGCAUCUGUAAAAGCUUUAUACUUUAAUGACUCCCAGUUUCAAAAUUUGUCUUCAGACAAUUCAAGUACCUCUAAUCUUUCUGGGCACUUAGUUCUGUAA